UGGACCGGGAGGCGUGGCCAGCCCGCGCCGCCAUUUUGUGAGUCUAUAUAACACGUAGCCGUUGGGUUCGCUCCUGCUAUUCCGGCGCCUCCACUCCGUUCCCUUCGGGUCGUCUUCGUGUGCCAUGGACGGCAUUGUCCAAGAUACAACAGUUGGUACAAAGCGGGGAUCUGACGAGCUUUUCUCUACUUGUGUCACUAACGGACCCUUUAUCAUGAGCAGCAACUCUGCUUCUGCAGCCAAUGGAAAUGACAGCAAAAAAUUCAAAGGGGAUAAUCGGAGCUCAGGAGUCCCAUCGCGAGUCAUCCACAUCCGCAAACUGCCCAGUGAUGUAACUGAAGCGGAAGUCAUUUCCUUGGGUUUGCCCUUUGGCAAGGUCACAAACCUACUGAUGCUGAAAGGAAAGAACCAGGCUUUCAUAGAAAUGAACACUGAAGAAGCCGCUAACACGAUGGUGAGCUACUACGCGACUGUCACUCCAGUUCUCCGGAGCCAGGCCAUCUACAUCCAGUUCUCCAACCACAAAGAGCUCAAGACUGAUAAUUCUCCCAAUCAGGCGCGCGCUCAGGCAGCUUUGCAGGCUGUGAACUCGGUUCAUUCCGGCAACCUGGCCUUGUCUGCCUCUGCUGCGGUGGUCGAUGCUGGGAUGGCCAUGGCUGGCCAGAGCCCCGUCCUGCGGAUCAUUGUGGAGAACCUUUUUUAUCCGGUGACACUGGACGUUCUGCAUCAGAUCUUCUCCAAGUUUGGUACAGUGCUGAAAAUUAUCACUUUCACCAAGAACAACCAGUUCCAGGCCCUUUUACAGUAUUCAGACCCUAUGAGCUCCCAGCACGCCAAAUUGUCCCUGGAUGGGCAGAACAUCUACAACGCCUGUUGCACACUCCGCAUUGACUUUUCCAAGCUCACCAGCCUCAACGUCAAGUACAACAAUGACAAGAGCCGGGACUACACACGGCCGGACCUGCCUAGUGGGGACAACCAGCCCUCCCUCGACCAGGCGAUGGCAGCCGCCUUUGGUGCUCCAGGAAUAAUUUCUGCCUCUCCAUAUUCAGGGGCUGGCUUCCCUCCUGCUUUUGCAAUUCCGCAAGCUGCAGGCCUCUCAGUUCCAAAUGUACAUGGAGCUCUUGCUCCUUUGGCCAUCCCAUCAGCAGCUGCUGCCGCCGCUGCCGCAGGACGGAUUGCUAUUCCUGGCCUCAGCGGGGCAGGGAACUCCGUUCUGCUGGUUAGCAAUUUGAACCCCGAGAGAGUUACACCCCAAUGCCUCUUUAUUCUUUUCGGGGUAUAUGGUGAUGUGCAAAGAGUGAAGAUCUUGUUUAACAAGAAGGAGAAUGCCUUGGUCCAAAUGGCAGAUGGCAAUCAGUCCCAGCUGGCCAUGAGUCACCUCAAUGGUCAGAAGCUGCACGGCAAGCCGAUCCGCAUCACCCUGUCAAAACAUCAGACGGUGCAGCUGCCCCGGGAAGGGCAGGAGGACCAAGGGUUAACUAAGGACUACGGGAAUUCUCCCCUUCACCGCUUCAAGAAGCCGGGCUCCAAAAACUUCCAGAAUAUCUUCCCUCCUUCCGCCACCCUUCACCUCUCCAAUAUCCCACCCUCAAUUACUGAAGAUGACCUCAAGAUGCUAUUCUCAAGUAAUGGAGGAAUGGUGAAAGCCUUCAAGUUCUUCCUGAAAGACCGGAAGAUGGCUCUGAUCCAGAUGGGGUCUGUGGAAGAAGCCAUUCAGUCUCUCAUCGACCUCCAUAACCAUGACCUGGGUGAGAACCACCACUUGCGUGUCUCCUUUUCCAAGUCCACCAUUUAAGCGCGUUGGGCAGAAAGGAUGGGUGGGACUGCAGGCAGAAGCCCCCCACAGCCCCUCCCUUGGGCUCCGGCCAGGCAUCCUGAAGGCCCAGCGCCCGCUUGGAGCGAGACAACUUCCAUCAUUCCAGAAAAACGAGAAGCCACUUUAAAAAGGAAAAAAAAAGCAGCUGAAGUGACCUUAAGAGACAACAGAUUUUUAUUUUUUUAAAGAGGAAAGCAGUUUACUGGGUUUUUUAAAAAAAAUAAAUCUGAAUUCCCAUUGCUCUGACUUUUCCUGCAUGUGGGUCUUGGCGGAGGGGGCAGGGCCACAAGCAUAUGAGUUUACAUUCUUCAACUGCUCUGGGAUCGAUCCCCUCUUCCUUCCCCUCCCUCCAGAGUGAGAAAUACCAUUCAUGGAGCCCAGUCCCAGAAACCACAGCCGCUUCAUAGCAUUGCCUUUCUCUUCUCUUCUCUUCUCUUCUCUUCUCUUCUCUUCUCUUCUCUUCUCUUCUCUUCUCUUCUCUUCUCUUCUCUUCUCCAAGCCUUGGAAGACCCCAAGCUGUGUAGUUGUGAUUCCUUUUGUAGCCCUCCCAAGCACAGAGACCUCCUUAGGGCUGACUGCUGCCUCCCUAAGCCUUGGAUCAAAGAUCUUGUGCCUUAGAAGCCUUUUGCUCCUUUUGGGAGGUUCAUUAGUAAAAGUUGAAAGUACGGCAGAAUCAUCCUUGAGAGACUGCCUGGCACAGGGGCGGGGCGGGCAGGCAGCCUUCCGCCUCCUUAAGCGGCUGAGCAUCUCUCCAGAAAAAUUCUUAACCUGCGCAGCAUUUGAACUAACUUCCUUAGUCCUUUGUGAGGCCAGCGGGAGUCAGCAUUAAAAAAAUGUGUGGCCAGCAGUGCUGCUUUGCUCAGGCAGGGCAGGAUAGGAAAGGGAAGAUUCCUUGUCCGUUCACCAUUCCUCUGGCCACAGUAAGCCUGAUCGGGUUCCACUUGCUGGUUUAGAAAUGCAGAAUUUUCCCUGACUGUAGAAACAGAGCAAAGAGUAUCCAACGUUUCUUGUCCUAAAGAGCCUGAAUUAUUGAUCUGCAUUUAAGAUAAUCAGUUCUGGGCUCAGACUUGCGAAAGGUUGGUUCCAGGUGCCUGCUGCUUCCUUUCUGAGCUCACCCUUAAAGGCCCAGCCUGUCUGCUCUCCUGCUAGUGACCUCAGCUUUUUCUUUUAAAUCUUUUUAAUUACAAUUUUUUUACAAAGCAGUCUUUCUCUGCCUAGCAAUAUCUCCAGUUGACCAAAUAUUGUAAUGGGUUCAUAUAUAUGCAUAUAUAUAUGCAAAAAGGAAAUAGCUUAACUUUUUUAUAGCUAAGAUGGUAUAAAUGUAUCUGCUUACUCUUGUUCUUUUAACUUGUAUGCUGUCUUAUAUUUUUGUUAUGUUAAUCUGAAAAUAGUGCAGUAGUUCAGCCAGAUAAAAGUCGUGGCUGAGGAGUAAUCUUGUACGGUGAAGAAAUAAUUACUUAAAAGUAGCAAACACCAGUUACUUCAAAAGAAGGAAAUGACCCAGAUGUUAAGGGUGGCUUCUAAUUAACCUGAGUUCAUUUACUCUAUUUAAAGAGAAAUGCAACUUACCCUUCCUGUUCAUAUCUCACAAUACCUCCUGUCUUGAACUCUUUUUGUGCCGAUCUGCCUUCUGCAAUGUAUUCCAGAGUUGCCUUAUUUCUGCCCUCUUGACUUGUGUGAGAUUUUAGAAGAGCCAGAAUUUUGUACUCUUAUCAGGGCUGUUUCUUCAAAAUGUGGACCAAAGUUUUUUUUUAAGUCUUUUGGUGUUGAGUUGCUGUUGUUACCCUCACCACCACCAGCACCAACAAUUCACAAGAGACAUUGACUUAUGCAUGGGCUUUGAGGGGAGGUUGAAGAGUCUUAACACUAACUGAAACCGUCCCUCCUUGGCCCAAAGAGGGCCAGUCUCGUGCUGGUGAUGUAGCAGGAGACGGGUCCUGCAGGGGUUGCCAGCCUUGCCUAGCUGCCUUGGUCAGGUCUGGGAAGCCUCAAGGAGACGCUUCUGCUUGGACCAUCAGAAGAUCUCCUAGUCGUCACCUUGCCUUAAUUUGACCCUGUUGGAGCUCUUGAAAGACUGCUCCAUAUCACUGGUUCAGCACCACUUGCCUGCUCCCGGGUAGCCAAGAGAAUGGCAGACCUUUAUCUCAAACUGGCCUUUCAAUAGUGGACCUCUUAUUUUCAUGGCUGUAACCAGCAGCUGACACAUAAGGACACGCGUGCCCGUGGCGCUUUUCCUUGCUCUUUGUGUGCAGUCUGCCCAGAGCAGUGGAAAGGCUGCUUGUCUGCUUGAAAUGGCCGAGACUUCCACCAUCUGAUUUUUUUCUUGGCUUGUUGGACCCCGAUCAACCAUUUGCAUUUCCAGGUCAGCAUCUGAGGAUUGGUUGUGUAACUCGUUCCCCUCCCUCCCCCCCCCCCCCCCCCAAAAAAAGGUGUAACAGAAGACAAAUGGCUACCCAGUGUUUUUAGAAGUCAGCGGAACUUUGGUCAGGCUUGAUCCCAGGGUCUGCUCAGUAGAGGCCGUUCUCAGGCUUAUUGGAACGUUGCCUCUCUUCGCUGACACAUUUUAUCCCUGCGUUCCAUCAGGAGGCAGAUGAGGGGUUUGCAAGAGGCACAUUACAGUGUAUUGCUGUCGACCCCCACACACAGCAAAUUAAGGGAAGGGGGGUGUUCAUUGGUUUUUCUUUCUUUGAUCCUGUGUGUUGCAUGUAAAUGUAAUGAGAAAAAGGUGUAAAUAUUUAUGAUUUUUUAUACCUGUUGUAAGACAUGAGGGGGCAGCAGAACCCAGGUUUUUACAGCAAACGGAUGUAUUGUAUAUUUUGAUAACCAGCUAUUACAGGUUCAGUAUUGGGGGAGGAGGGGGGGCUGAUUGCAAAACACCAGAAUUCAUUGCCUGGAUGAAAAGAAUGUAAUGCAAAAAAAAAAGAAAGAAAGAAUGGAAAAUUAAAACUAUUUUAUAAUGAAUCUUAGUACUUUUUUCUGUAGCAUUUAGUUCUUGAUUUGUUCAGAUUGUAGAAAGCCGUUGGUGGGCCUGUCUGUAACUUCCUUUUUGCUUUCAAUAAAUGUCUUCUAUAUUCUUUG